AUGAACACACUCAAACAGUCCACUGCCGCCAACUCAUCCUCAUCCCCUGCUCAAGACAUGUCCACCGGGAAAACACACACCCACUCACGUACGCCUCUGCGUUCGAAACCACAGUUGAAGAAAGAUGACUUGGAGAAAAUCGCCAAAGAGCUUAAGCAGAAACUUUCCAAGGCUUCCGUUACCGCUAAGCAACUGAUGUCGUCCAGUGCCGUUUCCAAGGCCCAACCUCCUGAUAGCCCUGUUUCUCAGACGUCAUUGCCUAAACUGAGCCCUUUGAAGAGUUAUUACAUGUGGAAACGCCAAAUGGCAAAUGGACGUUCGCCAAAUGUCACGCUGUCACCAAGCUUGGUUUCCCCCGAUGGAAGACUGCCCACACUGACUAAACCUUCGGUGUUCUUGGCCAGCCUGCCAACUAGAGGUCCUAGAAAAGCUUCCACAAGCUCCGUCACCGACGACGAACCAAACGACUCGCCCAUUAAGAGACGCAGAGCAACCAGCGGUGCCGCCAUUAGAAACCCUGCUCCUCAUAUGGUGCUUAAGGAAAUAAACGGCGGGCCCGCUACUCCUUCUGACGCGCCUUCUAAGGCCUUGAACCCUUCUCCAGUGCUUACUUCCAACCCGCUGAAGGGAAACACUGUGUCGCAACAGAACCCGCAGACGACACCUACCUUGGCAAAGAAACUGCUUUCUUCUCAGUCGCAAUCGGCUCUUCUUAAGACCCCUACACAAUCGAGACGUGCUUCCGUUUAUAAUGACGAUGAAGGUGCUGAUCUUCUCAUGUAUUUGGCAACUUCCCCUUCGCCAGCAAAACCUGCCUAUUCCAACACCCCAAGAGCUUCGACAGCACCAAAUGGCUCUGCCAACCACAAUUUCCUUAUGGCUAAGCCUACUUCUACAGGUGCUCUGUUCAUCUCACCUCCACCACCACUUACGCCAAAGAGACCACUCCAUUCCACCGCUAGAACUCCUCAAAAUAGAUUGACUCCAUCUUUUGGACUUCUGGGCGGCGCCGGUGUUCCCGGCAGCGCUCUACCUUCCGCUGGUUUGGCUCUCACCCCUGCUGGUUUCAAUAUGGGUGAUUAUGUUAACUUUUUCACUCCUUCUCCAGGUGGUGCCCAGUCAGGACAGGUGCACCAGCUGGCCAACAGGAAUUUACUUCGAACACCCGACUUUGUUGGACUUAUGCAACAAAAGACUCGUGUCGACGGUAAGAUGAUCAAUUUCGAUAAAGUCGGCUUGUUUGGCUCUCAGCUGAACCCCGAAUCUUCCAAGGAAUAG